UUCAAAAGAAAGAUCUCGAUUGCUUCUCCUUCAUACAAAACCGAGGUUGGUGAUAUCACGAGUCGCGAGUAAAGAGAUAUUUUUCAUAAAUUUUCGACGAAAAUGGCUAUGCACGUACCAAAACCGCCCGGUUUGGCGCAAAUGCUUAAAGAGGGGGCCCGCUACUUUUCGGGUCUCGAUGAAGCAGUUUAUAGGAACAUAACAGCCUGUAAACAAUUUGCGGAUACUGUUAGGAGCGCGUAUGGUCCUAAUGGUAUGAAUAAGAUGGUAAUCAACCAUAUUGAGAAGCUUUUUGUAACCAAUGAUGCAGCAACGAUUAUCAAUGAACUGGAAGUGGAACAUCCAGCUGCUAAAUUAUUGGUACUAGCAUCGAAGAUGCAGGAAGCAGAAGUAGGAGAUGGAACAAACUUUGUCAUUAUUUUUGCUGGUGAAUUACUUCAUGCUGCUGAACAGUUGCUUCGUCUGGGGAUUACAACAUCAGAGAUUAUUGAAGGUUAUGAGAGGGCUUUGGAGAAAGCACUCGAAAUUUUAUCGACGCUAAUCAUCCUUGAUGUGAAGGAUGUACAGAACGAGGAUCUAGUGAAGAAGGGGAUCAGGACUGCUGUCAUGAGCAAGCAAUACGGUAACGAGGAUCUUCUUGCUUCCCUUGUCACUCAUGCCUGUGUUUCCAUCUUACCAGAGAAAACGACGUUCAACGUCGACAAUGUACGAGUUUGCAAGAUACUGGGUGGUGGAUUGGGUAAUUCUCAAGUGGUGCAAGGUAUGGUAUUCAAGCGUCAAGUAGAGGGAGAAGUCACGAAAAAAAACAAUGCAAAGAUCGCGGUGUACACCUGCGCCGUGGACAUCAUACAGACCGAGACCAAGGGUACCGUGUUGAUCAAGACGGCUGAUGAAUUAUUAAAGUUCUCGCGUGGCGAAGAAUCGCUACUGGAGAAUCAAAUCAAAGCGAUUGCUGAUAGUGGUGCCGAAGUCGUGGUAUCUGGUGGGAAAUUCGGUAACAUAGCGUUACACUACAUGAACAAAUAUAAUUUGAUGGCUGUUCGCCUACCGAGCAAGUUCGAUAUCAGACGAUUAUGUAAGACCGUCGGUGCUACUGCGCUCUCGAAGCUGGUGCCUCCAUCAAAGGAAGAAUUAGGAUAUUCUGAUGCGGUAUAUAUAGACGAGUUAGGAGACACAAUAGUGGUGGUAUUCAAAUUAGAUGGGAAAGAAAGUCGCGUCAGCACCGUGCUCGUACGUGGUUCUACCGAAAAUUAUAUGGACGAUAUCGAACGUGCGAUCGAUGAUGGCGUCAACACUUUCAAAGGUAUUACGAGGGACGGUAGAUUCGUCCCGGGUGCAGGUGCAACCGAGAUUGAGCUGGCCGCGCAGCUAGCUUCGUACGCGGAUACUUUACCUGGUUUGGAGCAAUACGCCGCGCGUAAAUUCGCUACUGCAUUGGAGAUCUUUCCGAAAACGUUGGCCGAGAGUAGCGGCACUCAUGCGUCUGAAGUUCUGUCCAAAUUAUAUGCGGCACACAAGGAAGGAAAGAAAAACCAUGGCUUCGAUAUUGAUGGGGAUGGUGCAGUCUUAAUUGAUGCCGUUGAGACAGGUAUUCUGGAUCUGUAUUUAACGAAGCAGUGGGCGAUGAAAUACGCAGUCGGUGUGGCGUGUACGGUCCUCAAAGUGGAUCAGAUCAUCAUGGCAAAACGAGCGGGCGGUCCAAAGGCACCAUCAGGAGGCAUUCGCGAUGAAGAUGACUAAUGAAACAGCGUAACAGCGUUAUCGGGAACUUUAAUGUUUAAUUUAUCACAUUGCGUUUAUAUGAUUUUAAUAAGUUUUGGAAUAUAAAUAAAAUAGGAUGAGAGUAAAGGAACAAUAUGUGUACUUCGUACUUAAUUUCGUGUUGGAAAGAAUAAGUUCAUUUUGAAUUUUGUACACUAUAUUGUGACUCAUAUUUUCACAAAUUAAUCGAAAUUUCUACAGUUUCAUAUUUUCAUCCUUAAUAUGCGUACGCGUAAUAUGCAUGUCUAUUGUGUUUUAACAGAAUAUAAAAUAUUACAAUUUUGUUAACACUAUUGUCCGCUAUUUUUCAUUUUAUAAGUAUAUAUAGAAAACAAAAUAUAAUGUACAUAAGUAUACAUACAUAUACAGUAAAGAUGUCUGCAGAUCCCAAGAUCAAUGAUACUGAUUUCAACAUCUUAACUUAUAAAAAACAUUCGUUCAAAAACAUAUGUUCAUUACUAAUGUGCAAAAUUUAGACUGCGCUCCACUUUACGGCUACAAAUGCUUCAGAACACUAUUUUUUUCUUCUUACAAAUAAAAGGAAGAAAAGAAAGCGUUUUAAAUAUGGCAUUAACUCGGUCGCAGUCUUAAUUGAUCAACUUUAAGCGCUUCUCAAUUGUCGUAGUUUGCUCGAUGUUUGAUACUAGGAGUUUCUUCCGUAAAUGAAUUUAGAAAUUUGCUCUUAACGAAUAUUGCGCGAGAUCUAAAAUAAUCUUGUACGUAAUAAUACUAAAGCUGCAUUUGGUUUGCAUGCUUUCAUGUUGUCAACGUUUCUGUUUAUCAGCACUAUUUGUAGCCGUCCGCUUUGGUUGGUACGCGUUUACACCGAUAAUAGGCCAUUCGGUUUGAACAUUGCAAACAUUGUGAACGUAUAAAAAUGGAGGAUAUCAAAACAUCUAAUAUUUAUAACUAAUAUCUUACACGUAAAAACAUAAUUCCAUGUUCUUGCCCAAUUUGUUAUUAUGAUUCUUAUAAUGGCUUUGUAUGUUUGGUUUAAGCUAGCAAGUUUCGACAUGUAUUGCCGAUCAGUUACAUAAUCAUUUUCAGAAUUACUACAACUAUUUUUGGCGAAAUUUUUUCCCUAAAAGAACCUUUGUCGAAGAUAAUAUUCUUCGAUUAAUAAAAUAAUGGUUUUUAUGUGGCCAUUUAAAUACUGCAAAUGUAAAUUAAUUCAUAAAAAAAUAAAAAGUUUAUACAAGAAA